CAAUCUAUUUCAAAGUUCAGAAAACGAAGAUUCAAACACGCGACAAACUCAACAUGCCAAUAAUCCAGCAUACGAGAUUGAAGCAUAUAUGAUAGGUGGGUUGAAAGUUUGAAACUUGAAGGGGGGAGAAGUUUCAACGAACUAGCUAGAAGAAUGUGGGGAGGGCGAAAGAGGGUUGUGUAGCGUGGCGGCAAAAACCUCCGAUCUCUAAGAUUAGAUGGUUUGUGGUCAAGUUCGGUGGUAUGGGGGCACGUACCAGAAACAAGAAGAAGAGUAUUGUUCUCAUUUGGGUUACUCCCUCUCUCUCUCUCCCAUGGAAAAAUGGAUCCCUCAGUCGUCAUUACACCCAUUCUCUCUCUCUCUCUCUCUCUCUCUCUCUCUCUCUCUCUCUCUCUUGUUCUUAUCCAAUACCCAUUUCCCGGUUUGAGCAAGACAUGAUAAAUGGGAGGCAUCAAAUCCCGCGGUUAAGGAAAACGAGAUUAGGUUUAAUUUAGUGACUUGAAAUGAUCGAUUUGAUGUUUGGUGGCAGUUCUUUUGGCAUUCGAACCGAAUUACCAUUGUUACGGCAAAGGUGUAAAUGGAUUAUUUGACAAUUUGGGGAUGAACCGGCCAUGUUUAUCUUGUGCAUUAGGACAAAAUUUUGGUUGUCGUAAGUGGUUUUACUUGGUUCUCCAUGUAUGUAUUUUCUUUCUAUAAUUACUUACUACUUUAAGCUUUAAUAUUGGGCAAAUUUCUCGGGAAAUAUUAUGUCGUUAUAGAUUGAAAAAAUGUCUAGAUUCAUAUCGAUUGAUCAUUGGGAGUUUGAUGUGGAAUUCGGGGGGGUUUUGCCGUUUUCCUCGACUAAGUUUCCUUAGUUUUGUUCCCAUGAAUUAGGGGGGUGUAACAGUCCAGUCCGGACCAAACUCAUGAGAAUCGCGGUCCAAUAGUGAAAGAAUUCAUAGGACCAGAUCAACAGUGCAUUAAGUCGUGUUUGGUUCUGUCCGAAUGUCAUUUCGCUUCAUUUUUAGUAUUAUAACAUUCAUAGGAUCAAGACGCAACCCAUAUUAUACUCGAUUUGAUAUGGUCUGGUUAAUUCUACUAGGGACCAAACAGUUGCACACCCUUAACUGGAAUUCUCACGUAUUCUUGCAAAAUUUAAUUAGCGUUUUAUUGGACACAAUCUUUAAGUUCUUCGUAUACUAGGUUUAGCUAGAGUUCCCAUAAAAGUCUAUUUAAUUAGCAUAAUAUCUAGUUUCCACCAUUGAGCCAGUAUAAGAUAUUAAGUAGUCUUCUUGAGCCCCAUGAUUUGGCCAUCUAUAAUUAGCCCACUUAAACAAAUAAUAUAAUCAUUUCAAAAAUGACAAUCCGAAAAUUAAUUUCUCAAUAUUUUUCCAUCCUCCUUACCUUUUUAAUAAGAGUAAUAUAAAUUUAUUUUUUAUUAUUAGAUAUUACUUAAAAUAUCCUAAUGUAAAACCUUCAUAUUCAAAAUUAUACUUGCUACUAAGCCAAACUCUUGUUUGUCUAUCCUCUUACUUUUUCGAUUUUAGGCAGUGGCGGAUCCAGGGGGUGGUCACCCCGGGCCGCGGUCCGGCCCUCCUCUGGAUCCGGAGCUAGUAUAGCCCUUAUGAGUUUAUCGAUUUUAGCAAUUCGGCCCAGUGUUAUUUUAUAAUAAGAUUGUCUAAGAAAAUGGGUAAGAUGAACAUAUUCAAAUCACUACUCUAAAUUUAGCCUGAAAAUUCUAGCUCCAAUGAUUCUCAUAUAAAGAAAAACAAACAAUGAAACCUAAAAUUCUAAAACGUAAAAGACUAAAAGAAAUAUGAGGCUAUUUCGCUUAAGAAAUUACUAGAGCACCUGGUGAAAGUAGAAAUUGAUACACAAUAUAUAUUGAUUAGUCAAUUGAUUUGUCUAGUGUUGACAUUGCUCGUUUCAACAACUACUAUGCAGAGAACCUUUUCAAUAAUGAAAUAAGUGAAAAAUUAUUUGCGCAACAAAAUGAGCGAUGAAUUUCUCUCCAAUUGUGUAACUAUUUUAUCUUAAAGAGAGUAUGCUAUUGGUAUGGAUGUAGACUCCAUUAUUGAUGAAUUCACUAUAUUAAAAUUUAAAAGAUCGACAUGAAUAAUUGAUAUUGUAAAAAAAACUAUGAUUUUUUUACGGUAUCUGAUUUUUUAAUGAAAUGCAGCCCAGUGCUCUUCUGGAUCCGCCGCUAAUUUUAGGUUGUAUGUAUAUAUAGUACACCUCAAGUCUGCAAGUGCUUACAGAAUGUUAUUGUUUCUUUGUAAAUUUUGAUAACACUUUACAUCAGAUUUUCUUAAUCAUCACUUUAGUAAAUAUUUGGAAAUUCAUUUGUUAGUAUUUACCAACUUGAAGUUAUUAUAUACCAAAGUUUUGUAUGUAUACUGCCACCCCUUUCCCAUGUUUCUGUUCCUUUACUAACUGAAAUUCUCCACAUUUGUGUAGUUCAUUUGUCUUUCAUUAUUACUUUAGCAACUUCCAUCAUUCAAAGCUAUUUUGAUAUGGACAUACUUGUUUUAAUUAUCAGAAAAACUCUACUCCAAUAUGAUAGUAAACUGAUAAUGUGUGAUACCUUCAUCACAUCAUAAGAUCGAAACAGGCCAACAACUAAUAACAAAAAAGCUUACUAGUAGUUUACAACUUCCUUCUUUUAUUCAUAAACAAAACUUUACUAGUACACUAUUCAUACCGGAGAAAUUUUACAGUGUUUUAUACCAUCAAUGAUUUGUUUUAUUAAAAAAAUACUUUAAUUGUACAAACCGAAUUUUUAUCUUUAAUAUUAUGAUACAAAUUCAAUUUAUACCUGUAUUUUUUUGUAAAAUGUAAUUUAUAGUAUAAAUUAAAUUUGUACUUUUAUAUUAUGGUACAAACUAAACUUAUACUUAACUAAAUAUAUACAUUUAUAUUCAGUGGCGGACUAAGGGAGGGUGUGUCGUCCGACACACCCUCGUCCGAGAAUUUUGUGAAGGACCUACAUAUUUUCGGUACAAAAAUUUUAAAUUCUGGACUUCCGACACCCCUUCGAUAAUUAUAGCCGACACACCUUCAUUAGACAGGAAGAAUUUUAUUAUUUAAAUGAAACAAUCUUGAAUUCUAAUUAACAAAAUUCAUUUUUAAUUUGUUUAAAAUAACUCAUAAUCAUAUCAAUUGCUAUUAAAAAAACCCAUAGUCCAUACCAAUAUACAUAUGUGCUCGGAUUGGUCCUUUCAUUAAUGGAGAAACAAAAAAAUAACCAAAGCCCAAGCGACAACUGUCGAGACUCACCAGAAUACUUGCUUUUGAAGUUGGUAUGACUUUAUAUGUUGAAAUGCAAGUUGCGAAAGAGCAUUUUCAGCUAUGAAGAUAAUCAAGAACUAUCUUCGAAAUCGGUUGGGUGACAAAUUUAUGAAUGGCUGUUGUGUAUAUUUGAAAAAGAUUUGCUUUGCAGAAUAAGUGAUGAAUGUAUUUUUGAGACACUUAAGUAGAUGAAAAGUCAUUUUGAUUCGUUGUAAACAUGACAUUGUGAAAUUUAUAAAUUAAUUUCUAAUUAAUUUUGUAUUUAAUUUUGAAUUAUUAUCAUAUUUUAUUAGCGACACAACUCUUGGACAAUCCUGGGUCCGCCAUUGUUUAUAUUACAAUACAAACUAAACAUGUAUUGUUAAAUAAUGUUCAAAUUUACUUAUUGUACAAACCAAAUUUGUAUUUUAACGGUAUAGAUUAAAUUUAUACUUUGGGCUCUUUAUAAGGAUCCAAAAAGUUUCACCUUAUAAUAAAUAAUUCAAGGCCAAUGCUACAGUGUCGCUGUAAAAAAUGCGGUACCGAUGCAGCUGUUUCUGAUUGGUCCACAUUGACAAUGACAUGGCAUUGGUUGGGUUUCUAUAAAACCAAGCCAAACUCGUUGCCCAGGAGGUGGGCUCAGCCGUCAGUCGUUCUUCCGUUACAACUUACACGUUACCUGGUUCGUCAUAUGUUAUGAUGAAUGAAAUGAUCCAUAAGCGUACGUGGAGCUUUCUGCUUGGUCUGGUCUGUAUGCCUUUGGGAAGAACCUUUUUCAAGUAUAGAAGUUUGUUGAAAGCAAGGCAAUAGGUCAGAUAGUUUUUUUUCUCUCUAAGAUUCGACCAUGGAGUCAUUUAUGACUCUUGUAUGAUGAAUCCCAUGGUGAGUUCAGAGAAAGAUGAAGAAGAAGAAGAAGAGGAAGCUCAGCCCCAGCAACGGUCAAUUGCAGAACAGGGAAGGGAGAAGAUUCAAACAAAUCGACCGAAACCCAGCAACAACAAGAAUGGAGGAUGAAACGGCAGCGCUUUUAUUUACUGUACAUAUAUUAGAGUUUUAUUUAUUUUGUUUCUCAGUAAAUGCCUAGCUUAGACACGUGUAAUUGUUCUAGUGGACAAGGCCGUUAUGGUUGUUUGUCUUGUAGCUUCCAUUUUUCCUGUAUAUACUCUGCAGCUGAGCUGCUGUGAAUGACAAGAAAGGAUUUCACAAAAUCACUAUGUCCUUUUCUAAACAUUCUCAUGGUAUCAGAGCCUUGCUCAUACCUCUAGGGUUUCCAACAAUCAUCAUCCAUGGCGGAAGGCGAACAAACCCAGCAGUUGUUGCCUUCGCGGCUGGCUCUGGAUCCUUAUUAUGUCAAUCCCAACGAAAACCUCUCUCAAGGCAUCAUCUCUGUCAAGCUGGAUGGCUCCAACUACCACGUCUGGAGCAGAUCUAUGCGAAUCGACCUCAAAACCAAGAAGAAGCUUGGGUUCAUCGACGGAUCUCUUCCCAUGCCUGAAACCACUGAUCCAAACUAUGAAGCGUGGGAACAAAGCAACACCAACGUCGUGGGUUGGAUCCUACACUCCUUGCUGGAACCGAUUGCAGAGGCAGUCAUGGACAAUGAAACUGCACAAGACAUGUGGAAAGAUCUUCGAGAAAGGUAUGGUGAAACUGAUUCCAUUCGUCUGGCUCAUGUAAGAACAAUGAUAGCCUGUUGCAAGCAAGGGAAUGAUUCUGUCACUGAUUUUUACAAUAGAUUAGGGCUCUUGUGGACUGAGUUCAUGUCUUUCAAAUCUAUACCUGCUUGUGAAUGUGGAGGUGUACCAUAUACCUUCACUUGUGCUACUUAUGCUGCUGUGAAACAGUCACAAGAACAGGAUCAUACCAUUGAUUUCAUCACUCGUCUUAAUGACUCUUUUGAGAUGACCAAGAACCAACUCUUGCUUAUGGAUCCUGCACCAACUUGAAAUCAGCAUACAAACAUGCUCUCAAACUGGAAAGACAGAUGGGUAAACAGCAAACUAAGGACACUUCAUGAGUAGAUUAUGUGGCUCUUGCAGCACAGAACCACAACAAAGGAAAGGACCAGAAGCCAGAAUAUCCUCGUGAAGGAAGACAGAACAACUAUCAAGGUAGCAACUACCAAGGCAACAACUAUCAAAGCAGAUACUCUGGAAACAAUCAAAGAAGCAACAAUGAGAGCAGUGGUAAUGGUCAGCAGAAUCUGUUUUGCAACUAUUGUAAGAAGACAAAUAAUGUCAUUGCUGACUGCUGGAUACUAAAAAGGAAAAGAGGAGAACUACCUGGAUCUAAUUUUGCAGCAGCAGCAACAUCCAAUGGGAAUGGAGAUCAGAUGUCUGAGAGUCACAAUGGAGGGAAUGAGCAAGAAAACAGAAACUCCAAUGUCACCACCUUAAGAAUCUCCAAUGAAGACUGUUCUAGACUCAUGAUGCUACUCCAACAAUCAACAAUCAAUUCUGCAACCACACCACAGGCACACAACUCUCAACCACAAGCUCAUUCAGUCUCAAGAUACAUGAACCAAAUGCCAGACAAUGCAGGUAAAUUUACCCUAUCCACCUACACUGCAUUUCAACAGCAAGAACUCAUGAAUGUUUGGAUCAUAGACACUGGAGCAUCUGAUCACAUGUGUUGCACUCUCACUCUUUUCACUUCAUACCAUCCAGUAAACAACACCUUUGUCACUCUACCAACAGGUUCAAAAGUUAAAGUAGAACAUGUUGGGAAUGUUCAAGUUAACCAAAAUCUUACCCUUCAAAACGUCCUUCACAUUCCUAGCUUUACCUUUAACCUACUGUCUGUUAGUACUCUCGCCAAAACCUUACCUAUAUCCCUAACCUUUCAAUCCAACUUCUGUGAUAUUCAGGACCUUCUUUCACAGAAGAGGAUUGGUUCUGCAAGAGAGGUUAGAGGACUCUAUCAGCUUGAAACCACUGUUGCUACCAACCAUCAGUCAAAAGGGAAGACAGUAGCAGCAGUGAGCAAUCCAGAGAGUGAAAUAGCCAAUCUAUGGCAUGCCAGAUUGGGGCAUUUGUCCAAUUCUAGAGUUAAACUUUUCCAACAAUGUAACCCUAAAGUACCUUUGAGUACCAUUAGCCACUGUGAGAUUUGCCAUUUUGCUAGGCAAAAGAAACUCCCAUUUUCAUCCAGUUCCAACAUUUGUAAAGAGGCCUUUGAAACUAUUCACACUGAUAUUUGGGGGCCCUUGAGCACUAUUUCUUAUGAUGGUUAUUCCUACUUCUUAACCAUAGUAGAUGAUUUCUAUAGGGCAGUGUGGGUCUAUCUAAUGAAACACAAGUCUGAGGCUAGACCUAUUCUGCAACAAUUCUGUACUAUGGUUAGUAAACAGUUCAACAAAACUGUCAAGAACAUAAGGAGUGAUCAGGGACAGGAAUUCCAUAUGAGUGAUUUCUUUCGAGAGCAUGGAAUCACACACCAAAUGUCUUGUGUAGAAAGACAGCAACAAAACGGUAGGGUAGAGAGGAAACACCAAGAUAUCCUAAAUAUUGCUAGAGCUUUGAAGUUUCAAGCUAACCUACCUUUGAGAUUUUGGAGUGACUGCAUUUUGUAUGCAGUACACAUCCUAAACAGACUACCUACCCCCAUUUUGUCCAACCAAACACCCUAUGAGAAACUUUAUAACAAACCACCAGAUUACUCUCACUUCAGAGUUUUUGGCUCUCUAUGUUAUGCAUCUACAUUAGAACAUGGCAGAACCAAGUUCCAACCAAGAGCCAGGAAAGGCAUUUUCAUUGGCAUCAUUCCUGGAAUUAAGGGUUACAAAGUUUAUGACUUAGAUGCUAAGAAAGUCAUUGCAUCUAG